AUGUCCUCUGCCCAAGAUGCCAUUACCAAUAUCUCCAUCAACAAGUUCGACGGAGACAACCACGCGACAUGGAGCCGCUACGUGUGUGGCGUGUUCCUGACUAAGUCGACGUGGUACGUGGUGAUCCGGAAGACGUCGCCGACCUAUGCGGACGAUCGCUCCAUGGACGCCUACGUCAAGACAAAUAACAUCGUGUUCGUACUGAUGUCGUAUCACAUGGACGCCGACUACCAUCACAUCGUCAAUGAUGAUGAGGAAGCGUGGGUCGUGUGGGCGCGUUUGAAGACACUGUACGGUGGGUCGCAGAAGGCUGGGCGAAUCUACUUGAAGCGCCAGCUGUUCAGCAUGGAGGUGGCAGAAGGCGGCAAUGUGAUGCAUCACAUUGCCAUGAAGUCCUCAACAUCAGCGCGAAGAUAA